CGAGUGCUUGUCAUUGGCAAUGGGGGCAGAGAGCACACGCUGGCCUGGAAACUGGCGCAGUCUCGUCACGUCAAACAGGUGUUGGUCGCCCCCGGGAAUGCAGGCACUGCCGACUCUGGGAAGAUUUCAAACACUGAACCUAAGCCUUUGAACAUAAGCCACAUGAGGGCAAGGAACUCACCUGUCUGGUUUUGCACUGUGUGCACCAUGCCUGUACCCUAGGUGGCACACGGUAUGUAUGGAGAGAUGCCCGUGACCCAACCAGCCACAGACUGGGAGAAGAUGGUUGCAUGCAUAGGACCAAAAAUAAGACGAAACAAUAAGAAAAUGCCUGCUUCCCUGGGAUCUUAGGUCGGGGUGAGAUCUCGUGUCUUCUUGCUCGAGAACUGGCACAGUUCCUUCAGAAGCAGUUGAUGUCAUGCAGGCAGGUGACACCUAAGCCGACAUGAGGCUGCUGCCACUUGGAAAGGCAGGUUAGGUGCGCCCCUUCCUUUUGCGCCUUCUGCUCUGCUGAGGUCACUGGCUGCGCUCAGCCCAGGGUGUUUGCAGCUGCUACCCCAGCGUGCAUGGUCCUCCACCCUCGUCCCUGCUCAUCACAAGGAUCGCGCCGUGUAGACUAACGACACCAGCUGAUAAGGGUGGUGCCGGGGAGCAGCAGCAAUCUAGGGAAGCCGCCCGUGCUGGGUGCAUGGUUGCCCUUCUGCCUGUUACUAAGCACUCCAUCAGCAAAGCAAGCUGACCUGUCUUACAGGUAGACAUGAACCCAGUCUUAAAUCAGUCAGCUCUUAGUUUAAGCAUCUCUUCACAAGGACAUCCUCCCUGACUCAACCAGAAUAGCGUCCCAGUUCACCUCAUAUCGACUAUGCCUACUUGGUUCAUAACUGGGGUUUUAUUCUCCUUAAGUAUUUAUUACCCAACAUGCCCACAGUGGAACGUAAGCAUCCUCCAUGUAGGGACCCUGUUGUGUUCACGUCUUCACCCAGUCGCUAGGGCAGCACCCAGCACAUAGCGGUCCUCAGCUCAUCUUCAAGGAGUGAAAUUCGAAGACCAGUUUCUGAGUGUAUCCUGUGAUACGCGCUUGUUGACUGCAGUCAACACUUGUGACACAAACAGCAUAGUGGAGAAGCCAUCUCCGUCAGCGAUCACAGUGCGCUCGCUCAGUUCUGCAAAGAGGAGGACAUUGAAUUCGUGGUUGUUGGACCAGAGGCACCUCUGGCUGCGGGGAUCGUCGGGGACCUGGCGGCGGCCGGCGUGCGGUGCUUUGGCCCCACAGCACAGGCGGCUCAGCUAGAGUCCAGCAAAAGGUUUGCCAAAGAGUUCAUGGACCGACACGGCAUCCCCACCGCCCGGUGGAGAGCCUUCACCGAGCCCGAGGAGGCCCGCGGCUUCAUCCUGAGUGCAGACUUCCCUGCUCUGGUCGUGAAGGCCAGCGGCCUGGCCGCCGGGAAGGGGGUGAUCGUGGCAGAGAGCAGAGAAGAGGCCUGCAGAGCCGUGCAGGAGAUCAUGCAGGAUAAAGCUUUUGGAGCAGCUGGAGAAACGAUUGUCAUUGAAGAACUUCUUGAAGGAGAAGAGGUUUCUUGUCUGUGCUUCACCGAUGGGAGGACCGUGGCUCCCAUGCCCCCCGCGCAGGACCACAAGCGGCUGCUGGAGGGAGAUCGCGGCCCCAACACAGGCGGGAUGGGGGCCUACUGCCCAGCCCCCCAGGUCUCUAAGGAUUUGCUGCUGAAGAUUAAAAACGCCAUCCUUCAGCGGACAGUGGACGGCAUGCAGCAGGAGGGCACGCCGUACACAGGUGUUCUCUAUGCGGGUGUGAUGCUCACCAGGGAUGGCCCGAAGGUUCUGGAGUUUAACUGCCGUUUCGGGGACCCGGAGUGCCAGGUGAUCCUCCCGCUCCUGAAAAGCGAUCUCUAUGAGGUGAUUCAGUCCACCCUGGACGGCCUGCUCUGUGCAGCUCCGCCCCUUUGGCUUGAAAACCGGGCGGCCAUCACUGUCGUCAUGGCAAGUCAGGGCUAUCCCGGAGACUACGCCAAGGGUGUGGAGGUAGCAGGCAUCGCCGAAGCCCAGGCUUUAGGGCUGGAGGUGUUCCAGGCAGGCACAGCCCUGAAAGACGGCAAAGUGGUGACCAGCGGAGGGCGAGUCCUCACGGUGACCGCCAUCCGGGACACUCUCGUCGCAGCCCUCGAAGGGGCCAAGCAAGGACUGGCUGCCAUCAAGUUUGAGGGCGCCGUCUACAGGAAGGACAUUGGCAGCCGCGCCAUAGCGUUCCUCCAGCAGCCCAGGGGCCUGACGUACAAGGACUCUGGGGUAGACAUUGCAGCUGGAAAUCUGCUGGUCAAGAAAAUUAAGCCUUUAGCCAAAGCCACCUCCAGACCAGGCUGUGAUGUGGAUCUUGGAGGUUUUGCUGGUCUUUUUGAUUUGAAAGCAGCGGGUUUCAAAGACCCUCUCCUGGUCAGUGGAACUGAUGGCGUUGGCACGAAACUGAAGAUUGCCCAGCAGUGCAACCAACAUGGUACCAUUGGCCAGGACUUGGUUGCCAUGUGUGUGAACGAUAUCCUGGCACAAGGGGCAGAGCCCCUCUUCUUCCUCGACUAUUUUUCCUGCGGGAAACUUGAUGUUGGCACAGCUGCAGCGGUCGUUGCUGGCAUCGCCGAAGCGUGCAGGAAAGCUGGGUGUGCCCUCCUCGGAGGGGAAACAGCAGAAAUGCCGGACAUGUAUCCCCCUGGGGAGUACGACCUGGCUGGGUUCGCCGUGGGGGCCGUGGAGCGGGACCAGCAACUCCCUCGCCUGGAAAGCAUCGCUGAAGGGGACGUGGUUAUUGGAAUAGCGUCAUCGGGUCUCCACAGCAAUGGGUUCAGCCUUGUGAGGAAGAUUGUGGCGAAAUCUUCCCUUCAGUACUCCUCCCCGGCACCCCACGGCUGCGGCGACCAGACCUUGGGGGACUUACUUCUGACUCCGACCAGAAUCUACAGCCAGUCCCUGUUACCUGUCUUGCGUUCGGGUCAUGUCAAGGCCUUGGCCCACAUCACCGGCGGAGGGCUGCUGGAGAACAUCCCGCGGGUCCUCCCCCCGAGGUGCGGGGUGGAGUUAGACGCCCGGGCCUGGAGGGUCCCCCCCAUCUUCUCGUGGCUGCAGCAGGAAGGACGCCUCUCGGAGGAGGAGAUGGCCAGGACCUUUAACUGCGGGGUCGGGGCUGCCCUCGUGGUGUCGGAGGACCUGGCGGAGCCGGUGCUGAGGGACGUUCGGCAGCACCAGGAGGAGGCCUGGCUGAUCGGCAGGGUGGUGGCCUGCCCCGAAGGUUCUCCCCGAGUGAGAGUCAGGCACCUGCUGGAUGCCCUGCAGCUGAGCGGGCCCGUGGUGCAGAACGGCUGCACGCACACUCCCUCCUCUGCCCCGGAAAAGGCCAGAGUGGCCGUCCUCAUCUCUGGGACAGGCUCGAACCUGCAGGCGCUGAUAGACAGCACCCGGGAGCCGAGCAGCGCCGCACACAUCGUCGUGGUCGUCUCCAACAAGGCCGCGGUGGCCGGGCUGGACCGAGCGGCGCGUGCGGGCAUUCCCACCAGGGUUCUUAAUCACAAGUUAUACAAAAGCCGUGUCGAAUUUGACACGGCCAUUGACCAGGUCCUCGCAGAGUUCUCCGCGGACAUCGUCUGCCUGGCAGGGUUCAUGAGGAUCUUGUCUGGCCCCUUCGUCAGGAAGUGGAAUGGGAGAAUGCUCAACGUCCACCCGUCCCUGCUGCCGUCCUUCAAGGGCGCCGAUGCCCACGAGCAGGCCCUGGCCGCCGGCGUCGCGGUGACGGGGUGCACCGUGCACUUUGUGGCGGAAGACGUGGAUGCCGGGCGGAUCAUUUUACAAGAAGCUGUGCCGGUGAGGAGGGGGGACACGGUGGCCACCCUGUCCGAGCGGGUGAAGGUCGCGGAGCACAGGAUCUUCCCCGCAGCCCUGCAGCUGGUGGCCAGCGGUGCCGUGCGGCUGGGCGAGGACGGCCAGCUCUGCUGGGCCCAGGAGGAGUGACGCUGCCUCUGCAGGAAGGAGGUCCGGCCGUUCGCACGGUACAGUGGCUUUUAUCACGUCCUCGCCCAGAAACUCGCCGUUUCCUCCUUGGUCGUUUUUUAACAAACAGAGUCGUGACAAGCAGGGCUGGUGGGGCACCCGGCACAUGGAUGUGUUGCCUCCAGGGGUCUCGCAAGUUCACCUGUUCACGACCUUGUUCGGGAUCCAGCUCGUCAUUCAGAAUUCCUUCCACUGUCAGCCAGACAACACACCAAACUCCUCGCCGUCCUUCCCCCCUUUUCUGGCCGACGGCAUCUCUGGGAGGCAGCACGGCCGUCACAUCAGCAGGCUCGGGCCUCCCGCACCGUCCCUCCUCAGGAGCUGUCGGCCGUUGGUCUGGAGAGUUCACUGACGUGAAGCCACGCCCUGGCCUGGGAAGGUCCUAGAGAAACAAUCUCAUGCUUUAAGGUAGAGGCCAGUGCCGAGAGGUCAGCUAGACCAGCGUCAGCUGCAGACUUCGGAGAGGAACUCCCGGCUAGCUCUACAGGGACCCUGGCUCCGGGGACACCGCCAACUCCAUGUCUUGGAACAGGAAGAACCACCAUGUGUGUGACCAUGGGAUUGCUGGGAACCACGCGCCUGGGACCGGCAGGGAUGCAGGACAAGCAGCAGAGUCGCCUGGACCGCCCGUCUCGUGUGUGAGAGUAUUUGGACAUGUUGGAUGUGUUUAUAAUGAUACUCGCAGAGAAAAGGUCAUUUAAGCUUUGGCAGCCAUACGCCAAAACGGAGAAAAGCAGGUCAAUAUUUUACUGGCGGAAUAAACCCGGACAUUUUUAUUGCA